AUGGAUGGAAAAAUUAAUGGUGAUAACUUAGACUUGUAUGUGAAAACAAACGACAUCAGAAUGAACAAUAAGAACCGAGACUUGCACUAUUUUGCCUCUGAUUUAACAUUUGAUCGUGUGCGUUUAGAUCAUCUUGAAGAUGCAGCACCAUUGGGAGAUCCCAACAAUGUUAAUGUGCAAGUGUUUAUUCCAUCUGCAGAUGAAAUGACCAUGUACAGAAAGUCUCUUAAGUAUUUGAUAGGUAGAGAAUUGGCACAAAGUAUUAAAGGACUGGAAUGGAUGAAUGCCAUCAUACCAACACAUAUACCUCAUGAUAUGGAGAAAGUGAUGUGUGAGAGGUCUAAAAUUUUUUGGCUUCCUUUGCAGUUAAAAAAUGAAAUGUAUCACGACCAGUGCAUUCAGAUUAUGAAUGAGUUAGAGAAACAUGUGAACACCAUCUAUACUAAAGCUGGAAGAGGUGGGGAUCUGGAGAAAUUAAAAAUAGUUGUUGGCGGCGAUCAGAUGACCAGAUGUAAUCUUCAAAGUGCUAAAAACUUGAGAAGAGGAUGCUAUAAUCAAACAGAAAGAUUAGAGCAUCUCCAUCCCAUAAUAAUGGAGAUGUUUCACACCUUGAUGGAUUUUCUGGAGAAGUUAUUCAAAAGAUUUUACUCAAAGGAUGGUGGCCGAGACGCUGCAACUUUAGCUAAUAUGAAAAUGCUUAUCCAAAGAACAAAUGUUAAUGGCCAAGUGAAAAGCCGGUUUGAGGCACAUGAAGAGUUUGUCCUCUUGAUAGGUAAAGCCUACCUUCUAGUUCUUGCUAUGAAAAUUUUCAAGAUGGAAAACAUAGAGGACAGUCCUAAGCAUCCAUUGCUGAAAAACAACAUGAAAUACUUACAGAACAAACCAAAAGAGGAAGUUUUUGAUGCUCUUAUGGAGGAGAUACUUGACUGUAGUUUAGUUCCCUUCCAGCUUGAUGAAGGUACAGUGAAUGUCAAGACAGUGGAGUUAGAGGUAUCAUUUCCAGCUACAGGACAGAAAGUGAACGUCACUGGGAAAAUUGAGGGAAAUACUAUAACAUUUCCAUUGUGUGUAAAUAACAGAAGUUAUGUCUUCUCAGCUCCGAAAGAGAACAUCUGUACAAAAUCUGGCUGGAGAUUAUGCUUACCGACUGAAUUUGGAGUGAUCAACAUGACAGUAAUGCAGACUAGAGCUCCUUUGGAUGACUUGAAGAACUAUGUGCACAACUUUAUUCAGUGGUAUUAUGUCGUACUGAACUUCAAGGACACUAUGAAGGAAGGAGACAUAUAUCGUACAAAUAUGCUGUUAAAAAUGAUGAUUCCUUUCUUUUAUAGCCACAGUGCCCUCUCCAAAUACUUUGUCGAGUGUAUUGACUACAUUCUCAAGACCGAAGUCAUGCUUUCGCCAAGACUUUCUAUGCGCAUCCGCUUGUCAUCAUACGUAAACCCGAAAGGAGGCAAAGGAAAAAACAAAGCAGCUGACAUGCAAAAGGAAAAUGAAGUUAGGAUAUUAAAAGAUCUCAUACGCGGAUUAGGUGCUAAUAAGACUGAGCACGCCAUCGUUACCAUCUCAAAGGCAGCCCCUGUUAUUAGUGAUAUUUCAACCAACUUCGAUAGAGCACUGAAAAUAAAGGAGGGAGGAACUACGCAUAAAAAGAGAGACGACAGAACCGAUCUCAUUACAUUGGUAAAUGCCUUAAAAAAGAUGAACAUAUGGAGUUAUGUUCCAGGCAGGGUACUUUCAAAAUCAAACAAGGUCAGUGAAACACCGUUUAAGUUUGACAAGAAUAUGUUCAAACUUAGUAUUUUAACGACGGUGGAUCGCCUCAAACUUGGGAUACCAAUCUCUGAUUUGGAGGAAGAGGAAUUGGAGGGAGAUAAUGAGGAUGAUGGACAGUGACAUUUGUAGUCAAAAUGCAGAUAGCUCACAUAACAAGAGGCCCAUGGGCCUUAUAGGUCAUCAAACUUCAUAUGUUGAUACAAACUUGCAAGGAUGAUGCAUCUAGGGAUGAACACUACCAGACUUGCUUCGGAUGCUGGAUCUGACCUACAUUUUUACUAUAAGCCUUACCUGAACCAAAUUUGCAUGGAUGAUGCAUCUAGGGAUGGACCCUACCAGACUUCCUUAGGAUACUAAUAUAUCCUCUGCUGGGCAUUCAUGUCCUAUGGACACAUUUCUAGUUUUUUCUUGAACAACUCUUUCAAUUCACCAUUAUUAGCUCACAUGAGCCUGGUUCAGGUUCAAUUGAACUUUUCUGAUCAAAAGUUGUCUGUCGUCAUCAUCAUAAAAUUUUUGCAUUUUCAUCUCCUCCUCAAGAACCACAGUUGAUAUUCAAUGUCAAGAGUCUGUUGACCAUCAUAUUUAUUCAUUUACUUAUACCCUGGUAGUUACAAUCUGUCCAAUUUUCGCUUUUUGAAUCUAUUUUGAAUUUUGAAUCUAUAUACAUACAAAGUUUGUAGAAGAGUUUUAAGACUUAAGAACAAUACACCUGAAAUAGUUGUACUAGGAGAACUAGGGAGAUAUCCUCUUAUGGUACAGUAAUUUAUUUCAUAUUGGUUAAAGAUACUUUGUAUGGAAGAUGAUAGAUAUUCAAGAAGAUGUUACUUAUUUUUACUUCAGUUAAAUAAUGCCAGUAGAAUUAGAGGUAACUGGGCAUCCGAAGUGAAGUCAAUGUUAUUUAGAUAUGGAUUCCACUAUGUAUGGAUUUAUCAAGGUGUAGGGGAUAAUGUAUUAUUUUUAAAAUCUUGUACAUAGAGUUCAGGAUAACUAUAUGCAGGAAUGGCACUCCUCAUUGAGCUCUUAUAGUAAACUGGAUUUUUUUUUUGUAAAUUCAAAAUUCUUUUUGAACCGGAAAGGUAUCUAGAUGUCAUAAAUUAUGUAUCUUUCAGAGAAUCAAUUUGUAAAUUAAGAAUCUCUAUUCAUUGUUUGGAAAAUGAACUUGAUCGAUUUAAGGUAUUCCUAGAGAAGAUAGGUUUUGUCUCUUCUGUCAAAUAGCAAAUAAAAAAUGUAUUGAAAAUGAAAAGCACUUUGUAGAAAAUUGUGAAUUAUAUAUGGAUAUUAGAGUAAAAUGUAAUAUUUUGAAACACCUACAAUUUUAUAAAAACACUGUGAAUAUGUUUAUAUAUGGAAAUGAUGCAGUGUUAAAUGAUAUUGCAAAAUUUUACUUUUUAGCUUUUAAAGAGAGGGAAAAGUUCAUUGAGAAUUUAAUACUUGAUAAUUUAUAAGCAAACUUUAUAUGUUUCCGUAAUGUAUACCUGGUAAGCCUGAUCUGAAAUUGUAAAUUUAACACUGUAAAAUAUGAAUGUAAUUUGGGCCGGUGGCCCGCAAUACUUAAUUUAAUAAAUAUCUUGAAUACUUGAAUACAAAUU